UUUAAUUAAUAAUGAGCUUAACAUUAGUAUCCUUCAAUAUUUGCCCAUAUGUUUUAAGAGUGGUUGCUGCUUUAAACCAUUUAAAGAUUCCAUAUGAAAUAAAAUAUAUUGAUUUGGAAAAUAAACCUGAUUGGUUUGUUAAGGCUAGUCCAUUAGAAAAAGUGCCAAUUCUUUUUGUUGGUGAGACUGUCCUUUUUGAAUCAUUGGUUAUUUUAGAUUAUAUUAAUACACUUGCUCCAUAAUCAUUACUUCCAAAUGAUAAUUUAUAAAGAGCAUUAAAUAGAGCUAGAGCAGAAUUUUCUGGAGAAAUUAUUGGUACAUUCUGGAGUGUAUUUUCAGCUAAAACCGAAGAUGUAUAAUAUUAAUAUAAUAUUUUUAGUCUUUUAAAAAUAGUUUAAAUGAUUUGAAAUGGUAUUUUGAGAAAUUAGAAGGUUGGUUGUAAUAAUCUAAAUUCAUUUUCAGCAAUGAAUUAACUUUAGCUGAUUUUGCUUAUGCUCCAAUAUUCACAUUAUUAAGUGCACUUAAACCACUUUUAAAAUUCAAUCCAUUUGAAGGAUUUCCAAGAUUACAAGAAUAUUAUGAAAAUAUUUUAUCCAUUCCAGGAGUUUAAUAAAGCAAAGUUGAGAAUUAUGAUUAACUUAUUUAAGAAAGAAUCACAAAAGGUGCACCUUUCUUUUUGACAUUAUGAUUUAUAUAAAUAGAUAUAUUCCAAAUCAUUAAUU